AUGAAACAAGAAUUUGAGAGGAAAAAUCUGAAGCUCGGAAAAAGGAUAGCAAAGCUUGAAGAAGAAAAGAUGUACUUGAGUUUAGAUAUUGAUGUCCAGAAGAUGGAGGUUGAAAAAGAAAGAAAGGAAAAGAGGAAAAUUGAAGAGGAUAGAGAUGACUUGAAGGAACACUACAAAAAGGCACAGGUAUCCUUGAGAAGAGCGAAAAUAGGAGGGUCUUCAGAUCAGUUGCAGAAAAAGGUCCAAGAAGAAAAGGCUAGAGCUGAGUAUUGGGAAAAGAAGUUUCAGGAGAUGCAAUCACGGAAUUUGGCAUUGGAAGAAGAGAAUAAAGAGUUGAAGUCUAAAGUAACUGAGCUUAGAAGAUCCCUUCGUUGGCAUCGCAACCAAGAUCCUACAGUCGAGUUAAAAGAGCUAAAGAUUAAAGUUGAAGAUUUGGAAGCAGCAUUACAAGAAGGUAAACUUCAGAUCGAGCAACUCGAGAUGCAAGGAAAUUAUCUGAAAGGAAAGCUUCAUCAGUCUAGAGGGCAGAUUAGAGAAAGGGAUCAUGUCAUGGAAGAAGCCAUAGCUCAGAUUCGAGAUGUUGCUGAAUAUGUGCAAGACUUGGCUGUACGAGCUGAUGUAUUGAGUAGAAAAGAAAAACUGGAAAUUACACAUCCUUAUGGCACUCGCACUAAAAAUAAGAACAUGGAUCAAAGGUUUGAGCAGUUGCAAAAGGAUAUGCAAGACCAGUUGCAAGAACAGUUGGCUAAAAUGCAGAAUGAGAUGAGGGAGCAAAUGAUGGAAGCUUAG